CGUAAACACGUGUGGAGUGCGGUCGCCGCACGUUUUAUUAUUUUCGUUUUAACUUUGGAUUUAAUUGAAAAGAAGGAACAGAAAGGCAAUCCAAGAUGAGUACCGCGUUAGCCCAGCAGCUCCAGAAAUUGGCGGCGCCGCAGUCGACUCUGACUUUGGCGGACGCCCGCAGUCGAGCCUCCGUGCUCUUCGAUCCCAAGGAGGCGGCCAAGAAGGACAGGCGUUCCAUCUACAAUAUCGGAAUAACGGGACUGCAGGAGCUGACCGAUUUCAAUCCAGACUUCAAGGAGUUCCAGCUUACGCUCUUCGAUGAGGCCACAUUGACGCUGGAGCGAUCCGUGGAGCUGCCGGAGGUCAACAAUAUGCUGGACGCGGCCAUUGGCAAGUUCCUGCGCCUGCUGUCGCCCUACCUCCUGCUGCGUCCCGCCCAUUUGGCCUUUGAGUGGCUGCUGCGACGGUUCCAGGUGCACGAGUACAACCGUCGCGAUGUGAUGGCCUUGAUCAUGCCCUACCACGAGACCAAGAUCUUCAUCAUGAUCCUGCAGACAAUGCGACUACGGUCCACGGACGCCGACUGGUACUGGCUGCGCCCGCUGCAGCGUCCUGGCGUCUCGCUGGCCAAGACGACCAUCAUCAACAGGGCCGCCAACAAUCCCGCAUUCCUGGCCUUCGUCUGCCAAAGCACCCAGAAUGCAGUCAAGGAACUGGGUCCUCGGGCCCACCAGUUGCAGGCCCAGAUUAACUUCUAUGCCACCGUCGUUGUGGGUGCCCUGCAAACUGCGAAACCCCUGCAGGACUGGCACAUUACCACUAUUCUGGAGUCGCUGCUUCGCGGUCUGGUUUCUGAUAAUAUCGAUUUCAUGGCCGCCGCCUAUGUGAUCGUCGCCCAGCUGGUUUCCCGCACCAAGCUGAAGAGCAAGGUGUGCAAUGCCCUGGUGGAGCGCGUAGCCAACUGCCCGUUCGAGAGGCUUCACAGCGAGUCGCUGCUCCUGCUGGUGUGCAUCUAUGGCAAACAGCAGGCUGCUGUGCCGGACUUUAAGCCAGAGACCGUCCUGAAUCUCGUGGGCCAAAAGUGGGUCAUCCCGGCUCUGGCCUCGCUGGCCAAAGGCAACAUCGCCAUCCAGUCCAUCUGCAUGCCACUUGUGACGGUAGCCGUGACCGCCGUUCGGGAGCAGGACCCCGCCUCCAACUCGUGCAAACUGUUCCUGGACAAUCUGCUCUCGGAGGUGCCAAUGGCAACGCCGACAGCCCAGCAACUGAUCAAUUGCUUUCUGGAUACUUUUGUGGAGACGGUGAGUGAGUUACCAGAGCCCAUGGACACCACCACACAAGAAGAUGACGAUACCAUCGUCAUUGAUUCGGAUGAUGAGCCUGAGACGGAAAAGACCAGCUUUCAGACCUGGUAUAACGCUUACCUGGAAAAGAUGGAGAGACGUUAUCCUGAAGCUUUUGACCUUAGUGUCAAAGAGGCUCUGAGAGCCAAAUCCAGCACGAACAAUCGUAAGAAGGCCUUAAAGUUGGCCUUAGGUUUCCGACUCAAUACCUCGGAUGAAAAGGCGAAACAUGCAUAUGAAAAGCUCUACCACUACAGCGCUGACUGGCGACUGGGUGCUGUGGAGCAACUGCUUAAGAACCUCAAAAUUACUAAGAAGCGGGAGCGAAGCGUAAAGUUGCUACAAGAAUGCCUGCCCGACAGGAUCAAUGAUGACAGUGGCGCUGUAGUGUCUGCUGUGCUCUCACUGACCACGGAAGAGCUGAGCGACAUGUUGGGUCCGCUUCCCCUGGCCCAAACCCUGUGCCGUCUGUUACACCGAGCUCAUUCCGAAAAGGAGCAGGAGUGGCAGCCUGUGGUUCCACUGGCUGUUCGUCACUUGACCUCAGCCACUGUAAGCGGCUUCUACGACAAAAAUCUGGUGUUAUUGGCGCUGAUGCCGCUGCUAUUUCCCGGAGAAGCGCUGGCGGAGCACGAGCACCAGGCUCUGCUGACUUUGCUCGGCAGUGAUUUCGCCAGUAAAGUUCCGUUUCUGGCAGAGCUUAAAGUGAGUGCUAAGUUCAGCGAUUUUAAACCCAACGAGCAUCGCCAGCACUUCUUGGAUGUAAUAGCGAGCAGCAGUGAGGAGUUGAUCAGUCAAGAACGUGCGCUGCUCCAAAGUGUUGAGGAUCAUGGAGGAGAAGCCUACAUACAGGAACCCUCCCAGCUUACUCAUCUCCUGCUGCUGCUGACUGCCUACGCGAAGAGGAACCUUCAACCACAGGAAAGCCUUCACAUGCUGCAGAAAGUUGAGCUUUAUAGUCGGCGCAUCCAGUUCCGCGUGGUCAACGGAAAUCGCAACACUCAGAAUUUUGCACCCCUCCAACUGUAUGUGGACUUCCUUUUGACAUUGGUUAAGAACACCAAAUGGACAACUCUGGCUUCAACGCCUUGGAAUCAGUUAACGGAUGAACUUCGCCUCUGUCUGCGGCUGUUGGAGAUAAUAUGCGCCCAAGUCUUUUCGGAACGAGCUGAUCAGCCAGAGCGUCAAGAGUGGACUCGAGCUCUGCAGCAAAGUUUCCAACUGAUUCUGCCCAAAGCUCAAGAUAAGCUGGAUCUGCUGUCCAACUUCUACGUCUUUGAGCGACUACCGGACUUGUGGCCUCGGGACUCGGACUAUGCUGUGUUCCGCUUGCAUGGUUUCCUGCUGUUGGAGGCUGUUCUUUCCAACCCGAAAUCCCAACUAGAAUGCAGCCUAGUUCAUGUGCUACGGGUGGCCAACGCCUGCGGAUCGCCUCUACAAACUCUGCGAGUGCAGGCCAUCAACACAUUGCAGUUGUUCAGCAAUCGCAAACUUGUGUCUCAUGUCGAGCAAUUUGUGCGAUCGUUGCUGCAGCGCAAGACCGAGCUGAGCAUGGACCAUGAACAGUAUGCCCUGAUUCUUUACACCAUUCUGGAACCAGAGAAGGCCACUGCCAAGGAGAAGCUGGUACUGUCCAAGCUACGGAGAGCUGUUUUAGCAUUGGCAUGCGACACCGAGCAGCCGCCCAUUUGUACUGCAGCUCUGCUUGCGGCCCUCAAGCACGUCAACGAUGAGCAUUUCCUAUCCGAAUUAAUUCCGCUGGGAUUCGAAUCCCUGAAGAAGAUCACUGCGGGCGAUGGCAACCAGCAUAUAAAACAGCUGCCAUGGCCUCAUAACGAAAUUUACAAGUCGGUGAUGGAGAAAUUCGAGGGAAGUGUAGGUCUAAAUGUCUUACUUCGUAAGGAUGUGGCUUGGAAGCUUUUCGAGGAGAGUUUCGCUCAACAGGAUACCUACGUUCAACUGGAUCACAAGCUUCAACCUCUUCCCUGUGUCUUGUUGAAUAGCCUUACUCCGGAGACCUUUGAGCGAAUGCAGCCGAAGCUUAAAGUGGCUUUCAUCAAACUGAUUGUGGAAGCAGCCACCAAAUCGGACAACGAUAGCAUUUUCCUGGACAGUCAUCGAUUGCUGAAACGCUGCCGUUUGGAUUGCCAGCCACUCGUGCCGAUGCUGGUGGAGAUGGCCAAGGUGCAGCAAGAGCGUCCAAAGGCUCCCUUAAAGCGUGGUACAGUAGUUGCCACCAAACUGGAUCUAACCAACCCGGCGUGGAAGCAUGGAAUUACUCUUUUGGAGCUUCUGGAACACAAGAAGCAAUUGGUUGGUGCGGAGCUUUUGAUUCCUCCACUUUUCGAUCUCCUUGAGACCUGUGUCAAUCUGGACGAGCAGACUGCCGUCGAGUAUCCAAAGCAGCUGUUCCUCUCCAGCUUGCUGCACUGCUGUCAAACGGCCAAGUCGGCCGGAGUGCAGAUUGUUAAGGCCCUGUCCGAAUCUGCCUUCCGCAUCGAGUUGGUAGUGCUGGCUCUGAGGAAUACACGCAAUCCGCAGACUCAGCAGCACGCCCUGCUCUUCCUGACCGACUGUGCCGCCAUGUAUCCGCAACAGGUGCUGCUCAAGAUCGUCGAGAUCUUUACGUUCGUGGGAUCAACGGUCGCGAGACACGACGAUGCAUUUAGCCUGCACAUAAUUCACAACGUGGUCGAGUCUAUUAUACCCAUCCUGCUGCUAAAUACUGGACAUAAAGAGCUGGUUAUACCUGUGCUUAAAGUGUUUGCAGAUAUUUGCGUAGAUGUGCCGGUCCAUCGGAGACUGCCUCUUUAUGCUACCCUGUUCCGCGUCCUUGAACCCAAGGAGCAUCUCUGGCAGUUCCUGUGCAUUGUGUUUGAGAAGCAAGUGCUUCUGGAUCAAAAGGCAUCCACGGACAAAUCGCGACUAGACUUUGCCCGUGAAGUAACGCUGAUGUUCAAAGACCCUACGGUCGCUUUGCAAACGUGCAUCAAUCUGUUAGAUUACCUGGCCAAGUUGCCGGGCCACAAGAACGAACUUACAGUGAGCAAAGGAUCCUCCUCUUCCUCCCCGGAACAUGAGCUCUUCGACGUGCGCACCCGAACAUUUAAGCAGCUUCGCCACUAUAAGUACCUUAUAAUUGACUUCCUGUCUGGAAUCAGCAGCUGCACUGAAUGGCAGGCGAAAAUGAAAGUACGCGAUCCCCGUCAACUGCUGCCCCUUUAUCAGGACUUCAUCCUCAAGGCACUCGCUUACGUUGGCGUGGUUAAUUUAGCGGUGGAAGCAGCUAGAGAAACGCCAACUCUAGAGAAGUUCUGGCGGGUGCUGGGAAACCAUGCCCACGACGUUUUGGACAACGCCAUCGCGCUACUGGCACCGGAGCACUUCCUUAGCGUGAUCACGGAGCUACUGCAGCACGAUCAUUUGUAUGUGCGCAUCAAGGUAUUGGAGUUGUUGGUAACCAAGCUGAACCCCACGAACGACUACUUCCUGGAAACUGCCGCCAAACACUUUGGGGUGCUUUUCGCCCCAUUGCAGGACAUCAUCGACGGGAUCCUGCAGGGCGGCUCUAGCAGCGCUCAGCAGGCUAAGCUUCAACAGACUGCGCUGCAUGCCCUACAGCUUUUGGCCUACCGCCACGGACGCGAAUUUAUCGAAGAGUGUCGCUCCCUACUGGCCACCCUGACCAAGAUCACCAAACGACGGGCGAACGUGCCAAAGGCAGUGGUGGGCAAUGUAGUGCUGACCCUUGUCGAGAUCUGUGCAAGUCUCAAGGCCCACGCCCUGGCCCAGUUGCCCAAGUUUGCGCCGCAGCUUACCGAGCUACUAAAAGAACAAGUUCACCAGAUGGCCACGCUCAAACAGGGACCGGACUACGUCUGCUCCACCCUGAUCACAGCUCUCCACAAGCUCUUUAAGGCUUUGCCGCUUUUCCUGGGACCCUAUUUGGUGGACAUCAUUAGUGGCUUGGCGCGCCUUUCGGUGCAACUGGACAAUGCCCUGCUGCUUCAGGAUAAACGCGCCCAGGCGCUAAAACAGCGACUUGGAGAAGUUUUUUCUGCGAUCGCCCAGAGUGUGGAAGUGCGCAUCCUGGUUCCCAGUUGCGCCAAGACCUUCUCCAGCCUGUUAGAGCAGCAAGCUUAUGACGAGUUGGGACAACUGAUGCAGCAGCUCCUGCUGAAGAGCAUCCGCGGCAAUACAGCGGCUCAAUUGCAGCCCGUUCAGGAUCCUCUUAGCGAGUUGUUCCUGCAAGCGCUUGAUUUCCGGCUGCAUGUGCGUGGACGCAAAUUGCAAAAGCAGCUGGUGUCGGAUGUGGAGGCCGCCGUUGCCGAGACUUUUGUGACAUGGAUCCUAAAGCUGUCCGAGACGAGCUUCCGACCCAUGUACUCCCGUGUGCACAAGUGGGCGCUGGAGAGCAGCUCUCGCGAAACGCGUCUCACCUACUUCCUGCUGACCAACCGGAUCGCCGAGGCUCUAAAGUCGCUGUUUGUGCUGUUUGCCAGCGAAUUUGUGGAAGAUUCCUCGCAGCUGCUGACGGAGCUCAAUUCUAUCCGCCCGGAAUUCGAAGCCGGAGACCCGGAAGAUGAUGUAGAGUUGUUGACGGCAAUACUGAAUACUCUGCAUCACGUUUUCUUGUACUGCAGCGAGGACUUUAUCAACGAGCACCGCUUCAACGCUCUGAUGCCGCCGUUGGUUGAUCAGUUGGAGAACGAUCUGGUGCUGGGAAAUGAUGCGCUGCAGCAAGUUCUCAGCAAUAGCAUUGCCCAGCUGGCGGUGGCCACCAACGAUGUGAUGUGGAAGCAGCUCAAUAGCCAAGUACUCCUAAAGACCCGCACAGCAACACCCGAAGUGCGAAUCUUGGCCUUCAACUGCUGCGUUGCCAUCGCCCGCAAGCUGGGAGAAAGUUACGCCCCACUUCUGCCGGAGACGGUUCCUUUCAUCGCCGAACUGCUGGAGGAUGAGCACCAGCGCGUGGAGAAGAACACGCGCAGCGCGGUGCAGGAGUUGGAGACCAUUCUCGGCGAGCCGGUGCAAAAGUAUUUGUAAUUAAGCAGAACCGAGUGUUUUCUGCAACUGUGAAAUGCUAACAAUAUAUUCUUAUAUGGUCAAA